AUGCCGUCUGCCGUGAAUCUCUGGGACAAGGCCUUUGACAGCCUAGCCCCCGACCUAAAAUUGAUCCUUAGUACUACAAAAUCGCAAAGACGGGACAUUUUGGGGGCCGUUUUAAAGGAAGCUCAAUCAAAACGGGACCUGUCAAUCCAAAAGAGAUGGAAAUUUACGAAGCCGGACGGCGGCACAAUAAUUGUCAGAGAUGUUCUAGAGAAGAUCACUGGCUGGGUACACAGAUUCAUAGCCACUGGCGAUACUGUGGUGCAGUAUGACCCUGGACAUGCGGCACUCCCCUGGGCAGCAGUGAGGUUUUUGCUUCAAGUAGCCAUCUCAGAGAUUCAAAUGUUUGGAGCUCUUGUCGAUGACUGCAAUUUUCUGACCAAUCUUGCAGUGGAAUACAUAACAGGCAUGAUGGUUCGUUACCGUACUUUUGAAAAGCUGUACUUGGGCGACGCCCACUCGGAAAACGAAACAGGCCUGCAGGACGCUUUGGUUCGUCUAUAUGCCGAAGUCCUGACGCAUCUGAGCAAUGCUGUCAAGUUCUUUGACGAGAGAACCUACGUUCGUCUACUAAAGAGUCCCUUCCGUACCGCCGACGUCGAGCGGGCAAAGGCGAUGCACGAUCGAGAAGUCGAAGUGGAGCAGUUUGCCAAGCUAGCAGAUGCAGAGAUUUUACGAUCUCUUAACGCAACCUUCUCAAGACUAUCUGUACAAAUUUCUGUCACCAUAACGGAGAAAAAGUACAAUGAUAUUGUCGAGUGGCUAUCCGUGACAUCAUAUCACAGCCAUCACCAGUCUAUCUCACACUUGCGUCUGCCUAAUGCUGGCCAGUGGCUGCUUGAGCACGCAGAAGUGGCCAGAUGGCAAUCGUCAAGCUCCUCGUCUCUACUCCUACUUCAUGGCAUAUCUGGCUCAGGAAAAACAACAUUAUGCUCCGUCAUUGUAGACUCUCUACUAUCAAGAGCAUCCAAUAAUCCUUCUGCAGCCCCAUUUGCUUAUUUCUAUUGCGCAAAUCCCGAGUUUGAAAAGGCUCGCCGUACUGCCGAUGACAUUAUGAGAACCAUACUGUUCCAGCUUGCUAUUGAUGGCUCGAGUUGCACGAAUAUGAAGGAAUUCCUUCCUGACGAGUAUGAACGCCAACUUCUCCGAUCGCGGGCUGGGAAAUCCGAUAUUCAUAGAUUGACGACGGCAGACUGCGUACGGCUCAUUCUUGAGUUGGCCCAGCAGGACCCCAUAACCAUAGUGAUUGAUGGCCUUGAUAGCGUUGAUAACAAAGAGCGACCACGUCUCAUUGAAGCGUUGGAAGAGCUGAUCUCCACUGCAGAAAAUGUUGUAAAGAUCUUCGUCACGAGUCAGACUUCGAAUAGCGCUUCAAAUCUCCCAGUCUCAGAGUUCACAAUUCAGAUCACACAACAGGAGGCUAGGCAGGAUAUGGAGGAAUUCAUCGACCACUUGCUUAACACUGCCGUGGCGAGGAAAGAACUGCUUGAAGGGAACUUGCCACAUGACACGCGCGAACUACUUCGACAAGGUCUUCUGGAUGGGGCUGGUGAAAUGUUUCAAUGGGCAAAACUUCAAAUUGAGCGUAUGUGCCGCGAAAAAGUCGAGGCCGAUUUGAUACGUGUUUUGAAGAACGAGAUUCCUCAGGAUAUCAACUCACUAUACCAGAAAGUCCUCCAAGAGAUAUGGAAAGCAGGAGACUCAUCUCGUGAAGUUGCUAUGAAGGUACUGUCGUGGGUGCUCUAUAUGAGAGAGCCGUUAACGCCCGCAGCCUUUCUUUCGGCGCUCAGACCUGAAGACGACGCAAGUUUGAAUCUGCGGCAAGCACUUGCGACCUGUACAACGCUGGUCGCUCUAGAUACUAAUUGCAACGUGGUUCGUUUUACUCACCAAUCCAUUCAGGAUUUCCUCAGCCAACACCCUCACUUCACGCCUGCCAAGGCCCAUCAACUCUUAGCGUCUUGCUGCCUCGAAGCCUGUUUACACGGACCGGGCCUGGUAUCGGAAGAGGGGUUCGGAAUACCCAGCGAUGACUUUUAUGUUUAUGCUGCGAUGUUUUGGCCUGUGCAUGCCGGGUUAGCACAACAAAUGGAUCAUUCUUCCCUACAAGCGAAGAAUCUGGUCCAGAGGAUAAUUGCUUUCGCCUUCGAUGAGGAUUGGGAGCUUACACUGUCUUUCGACGCCUGGGUGGACAAUGUACGACAGGUUGCCUCUCUGCUUCCAAGAGAUCACACCCUGAAGGUAAAGCUAAAUGCAAUACCUGCGAUUGAUCCUGGUGCCCUGUUUCCAUUGAGCAUAUUUGGGUUCGACAAUAUUCUAACUCUGGCUUUGGCCCAUAUUCAAAACUUGGACGUGAAUUGUUCCAAUGAAUUUGGUCAAACCCCUAUUUAUCUUGCAUCCACGUUCGGCCAUUUGAGGACUGUAAACUUGCUUUUAAGUCACGGGGCCCAAGUCAACGCCCAGGGUGGCAGCAAGGGAAGUCCUUUACAUGCGGCAUGUUUUUGGGGUCACUUGGAAGUAGCGCAGAGUCUACUUCGGCAUGGUGCUCAAGUAUCUUGCGGUUCAGUCUUUAAAACUGCUCUUGAUGCUGCUUGUCGAGGAGGAAGAGAGGAUGUGGCACUUUUCCUUUUGGAUGUUGACGCUUUGAUUGAGAGCUAUGAUGAGGCUCUGAAUGACGCAGCUCUUGUUGGCUUCAUUAGAGUUGUCGAACGCCUUCAAGUCCACUACUUCACAUCUUCAGACGAGCAACAACCUGACAAAAUUAGAAAGAAGAUACGAAAGGCCAUUAAAGGUGGACAAGUAGGUGUUCUUCGACAGUUUCUCAACUGCAACACGAAAAACCGGAGUUUCUUAAGCCAUGAUUCAGUCGCGCUGGCAGCUUUGUACAAUCACAAGAGUAUGGUCGAAUUUCUCCUGGAUCUAAAAUUGGACCUGGAGGCUCAUGGGGAUUUUGGGUCACCCCUGAGGACAGCCUGUCUUUUCAAUCAUCGUUUCAUUGUCAGGCUGCUCUUGGAUAGAGGGGCACGGAUCAAUGCUUCUGGACCUCUAGGUCAUGCACUUCAAGCCGCGGCUUUGAGCGGCCACACUUCCCUCGCCAAGCUCCUUAUAGAGGAGGGAGCAGAUACCGAUCAGCGGUCAGGAUUCUACGGGACAGCGUUGCAGGCAGCUGCGUACAACGGGCACCUGGAUACGGUCGAGCUUCUGCUUGAGGCUGGUUCCAAAACGUAUGAUCAAGUAAACGAGCUUGAAGCUCUUCAGUUCGCUGCUGAAGGCGGGCGCCAAGACGUGAUCAUGCUGAUUUUGAGAAAAACAAGGAAUCUAGCGCCUAUUAAGCCACUACCGCCGGCGAUGGGGAGUGCGAAUCCUCGGCCCCAACCCUUGCAAAAAACGCUCCGUUGGAACCUGCCGUUCUCUGGCGCUGUUUCAGCUGGGGCGCCUAUAUCUCGUGCCAAGAAAAGGCCCCCAGUCACCAAAGGGACUCUUGAGGCUUUAAGCAGCACAGGAAAAACCCUUCCGCUGAACCAAGUGAGUGAUUUUGAAACUAGGCGCGACGCCUUGAUUUCAAACAGUCUCUUGAUAGGAUCAGCUUCAUGCGGUCAUCACAAGACAGUUCAAUGGUUGCUAGAACAGCAACAAAAUAGUCUCGAACCGUGGUCCAUUUGGAAAGAUAUUCCUGAAGCCAUUUCGGCUGCCUCGGCUAAUGGACACCUCACUACCUUGUACAUCCUCUUCGACUUCAUCUCAAAUGAAACAUCAAGAGCUACUAUCGGACUUCCCGAGUACGAGGCAGCUGGUGACGUGGACAAGGCCAUUGAACUGGCCAGCUGGCACUUGAGUGGUAGCGAGAUUACCAAAAUCAGUACAAAGUACAGCAGAGCGGCACACAAGUACGGUCUUGUGCACGUUACAAUAAGCGAACUACUCGAAGACUUCUCGACAACAUUGGCAACUCAACUUCUGGAAUCUUUGGCUCUGAAAGAUCGCAUGCCGCAAUCAGGCGUGGAAGCGUUUGUUUCUGCCGCUGCGGGUGGUUCCGUGGAAGCAAUGCAGCUUUUUACGUCUCACUGGAAGAAUUUGGAUGCGAACAAGGAAGCAGUAUGCCGAGCGCUGGUGGUGGCUAGUGAACAUGGUCAUUAUACCGCAGUCCGUUACCUCGUUCAGGAUCUCGGAGCCCCGGUGAACCAUUGCGCUCCCGACCUUGGCUUUGGGCCCCUGUUAAGCCCUACGGGAAAUAGACUCCGAGUGACCAUUGAGUACAGCUCGGGUUGGAUGACGGUUGAAGGUAGACACGGAGUUUAUAACGUGCAAAUUGCACCAGACCGACAUUGGGACUCACCAGAAACCGAUACAAGGGUAGAGCAGUGCCCGAAACCUCUGGUCAUAUCGCCCCUCCAAGCUUGUUUGCAAGGCUAUGCCUACAAUUUCAACAAAAACCUCGAGUAUUCUACGUUCACACAGUUCUCUCUGUUGGAAACAAAGGAAUUGGGAGAAUGGUGCAAACAUGAGCAGCAAAAGGUGAUUGACUUCCUACUACAGCAAGGCGCUGCACCUAACGACCUGGGGGGACAGAGAAUGUUUCCUAUCCAGGUCGCUGCGAAGUACUGCUCCGGGAAGAUACUAGAGUCUUUGAUCUCAGCGGGCGCGGAUGCAUCACUCACGGGGCUUGAUUUGGCCCCCGGUCAAGUUUUACGCGAGGACACCUACCCAAGUCAUGCCGAAGCCCGUCGGUACCAUUUCAGUUCUGCUAAUACCGCUCUCUUCGAAGCCGCUGGACGUACCGCAUCCGCCUCACACGUUCGAACUUUGUUGCUGUCUGGCGUAACUCUCCCGGAAGACACUGACGGGAAAGACCGGCUUCUGUUUCAAGCUUUGCAAUACAUCGAGAACGACUUUCACAAACAUAUGCUAAAGAAAGAGGUUAGACCUGAAUCACCAUAUCAUUAUCAUCAUCACCGUUUCGUCAUGGAAGAACCUAUCUCGGGUGAACUCGGCAGGGUGCUUUCUAUCCUCUUAUCUCACAUACCCGGGAUAACGACAACAGGCGUCAAAUGGACUAUUGCCUUGCAGAUGGCCGCUUUCCAAAACCAAAGCGACCUUGUUAGUUGCUUAAUAUCCAGAGGAGUAAAUUUGAACUCAGUUGGAGAGUACUACGGCACAUGCUUGCAGGCCGCAGCUCGCUGCGGUCAUGUCGCAAUGAUGCGGGAGCUCAUAGACGCUGGAGCCGACGUGAACGCAACGGGUGGAUUAUGGCACACGGCUUUACGAGCAGCUUUGGUGAAUGGCAACGAAGCGGCCAUAACCUUGCUCCUCGACAACGGGGCAGACGUAAGACUCGAGGAUGAUGAGGGGUUACAGGAUUAUGAAUUCUCUGAAAAGGAGUUACUGAACACACUACAGCUAGCCUGCGAGUCUGGAAAAGUAGACAUCGUCCGGCGCCUCUUGGCACACGGCGCGGAUGUGACUGCCCGUGUCUCGGGAGGAUCUCAGCAUCCUUUGAUAAUGGCGGCACAUCAGGGUUCAGUCGCCAUGGUCAGAGACUUGAUAAACGCCGGAGCUCCGAUAAACAUCUGUGGGGAACCACUCAGUCAAUACGAAGGGCCUCGCCCCGAGAAUGGCAGUCCUCUGCACGCAGCCAGCGUUGGGGAGCAUUUGGAAGUCAUUGACCUUUUGCUCCUUUUAGGGGCGGACAUUGAGAGCCCGGGCAACGGUUCAGAAACACCGUUAUCUGCCGCAGCCUCCAAAGGAAAAAUUACAGCUGUUGAGCGGUUGAUUCAAGCCGGCGCUAAGACAAACGAUAACGCAGCUCUGGAGAAAGCCCUUCGAAAUGGGCACCUAAACGUGGUGAGAAGCCUCAUCAAGUCGGGAGCCGACCCGAUUGGUGUCGUCACCCUAGCAUGCGAACUUGGGAACCUGGACAUGAUUGAGUUCCUGCUUGAUAAAGCGCUGUCCAGCAAUUCGACAGAAACGGUACUUGACAAAUCCUUUGCGGCUGAAGAUCUCGGCGAAUCAGUGACGCGAAUCCUCAUUCAAUAUGCCACUCCCACUGCGUCUCAGUUCUGUCAGGCUUGCGCGACUGGCUCAGAGUCUUCGGUUGAAUUCAUGUUGCGACAAACUAGUGUCAACGUCAACAGCCCUUGCGAGUCUUCUGGCUGUUUUCCUCUGCAACUCGCCGCCUUUCACUUGAGAUCGGAUAUUGUUCGAGUUCUCUUAUCUCAUGGAGCGGAUCCGGAUGUUGAGAGCUUUACCCAUGGAACUCCUUUAAACACAGCAUUGAAGGCUUGCGCUGCUCCAAUCCUCAGGUCGCUGACCAGUGGAGACUUCCGCAGCAUCAUUGAUAGGUUAUCCCUCCCAGCACCUCGGGAUAAACCGUAUCCGUAUUCCGACUCAUACCUAGACGAUGAUCCUCAUCGACCAGACAGCCUACUACUCAGCAAGUGCAGCGAUAUCGCGAAGCAGUUGAUAGAGCAUGGAGCAGACGUUCUUCGGCCGGAAAGGUAUUUGGGACCGCCUUUGCAUCUUGCCUGUCUGCUCGGAGAUCAAUCUAUCGCUGAAUUGCUCAUCGACAAAGGAGCAAACCUCAACGCAACGGUGGGCCAUUUCCAGACACCAAUAUUCGCUGCAGUGCACGUCAGAGCUUUUGAUGUCAUACCGUUGCUCCUCGAGCGUCAGACUGAUUUGGGAUACGUACACGGUGAAUAUGGAACCCCGUUGCAUCACGCUUGUAGACUGCAGGAUGGCUGGUCCGCACAGCAGCUACUGGAAAACGGCGCAGACGCCACUAUAGCAGAUGCUCAAGGCUUGACACCAUUGACGCUUGUGCUUCAGACCGAGCUUGAUAUUCGGCACUCGACGACCGAGAGAGUACCACGAUAUGAGUGGGAGACCAGCGCGCUGGAUGCCUUGCUUGCUUUGGCCAGCCCGAUUCAUGUUUCUGAUGAUGAUUUGCUAAAGGCAGCCAACUUGAGCCGUGGGAACGAAACGGCGACCAACGUUCUCAAUCGACUCCUAUGCCUCGACGGGAGCAGGCUUACUGGCUCGUCACGGCAACCAAUCGACGCCAUCGACAUGUUACUAAAACACGAUUCAUCAUCAAUCGACAUAUCGCUACAGGCGUUUAAAAAUAUUUUUCAAACGGGAGAGGAGGCCGCUACACGCCUACUUGACUUGUAUGAAAGAUAUGCAAAGCGCUUGCCUUUCUCAGACGAUGUACUAAUAGGCCUGGACAUUAACUACCAUUCUGUGAAGAAGCUGGUUGAAGAUGUACAGGAAGGCUUGGAGCCCGCCCGGCCCGGACGUCGGACACGAAGGGCCCGCUGGCGACAAUAA